AUGUCGGAUGUGUUGAACUCCUUCUCAGCUUGGGAGACCCUGCUGGAGGAUGAACCUCCGCUGUGCAUCGCAGUUCGACGCCCAGUGUCACCUCCACGCCACUAUGAGGCGGUAAACCGUUGUGGAGUGAAGGAAAGUAGCGCUUACGACAAUGACGAUGUAGCACCAACAAUUGGAAAAGGAAAAGUGAAAAAAGCGGACAUUCGUCCAAAUACAGCUGGAACAAAUAUGCAAUUGACAUCCCCUGAUAGUGCAGGAAAACUACAGCGAACACAAACGCUAUCUAAAGACGGAACUCCAGCAGGAAAGUCAAAUUUAAAUACCGCUCGAUUUCCAGCUAUACCUGUACCAUACAAGAAAAGUCAACCACAAAAACAAAUAGCAAAAUUAGCUACUGCUCGAAUCCCAGUUAUGCAUCUGCCAUGCAAGCAAAGUCAACCACAAAAACAAACAGCAAAAUUAGCUACUGCUCGAAUUCCAGUUGCACUUACGCCAUCUGCACCCAAGCAGGACCAACUACAAAAACAAACAAAUCAACAGGCGAUACAACAACCAACUGCCAAAUCUACGUCACCACUAGCCGCUAAACAGCAGUGUGCGCAAGUUGCUAACCGAGCUCGCAAGCCUCCGCUUGCCGUGAAUCCAGCACAACAACCGGUCGUUAAACAACAGGCACAGAAGCCGGUUCCACAAGUCAAACCAGUAGCACAAAAGCCGGCAGCCCAACAAGCACCAAAAAAACCGGUUCCAAAAAAACACGUGCCACAAAAAGAUGCCGACGAAAAAAAAGCGAUUCUCUCGGAUUACUUUCUCAGUUGA